CAAUGCACCACACCCUAACCCACAAAAUUUGCUGGGGAUUAAGAUCCCCAAAACAUCUAUCUAGGUGAUAUAGUGAAACAAAUUCAAUAAUCAGAGGCCUCACAUCAAAAUACACACAAGUGCCAGACCACCAUAUUGGAUCCCUAGAUGUCCCACAUCUCAAAAGUUCAGAGGUUUUAGGAAAAGUGAAUGAGAUUAACCUUGUUUUUUUUUUUUUUUUUGGCUGAUUUUGUUGACUUUGUUGAUUAUUUCACAAAGACCAGGUACAAUCCCCUACACUGGGCAAGAUGGAGUAAUUGUCUCAAUAACUGGUGUAAUUUUGCAUGUUUGGGUCAAUGUGUGGCCAUCAUAAACAUACACAAACUUCAUUCAAUGCCAUACAAACUUGUGUGUUUUUACAACUAAGAAAAACCAUUAAACUGUUCAAAGAAACAAAUCAUUUUGAGAUUGGUAAAGAUCUAAAACCAUGUCAAAGUGAUGGAUUUGAAACCACAAGAGAGCCUUAUUUUGACUGUAUCUGUGUUAAAUGUGUCCGAUACUCCACAGGUUUGUCUUUCUAGGUGGAACAUUGUUGCCAUUCCACAUCUUGGUGUGGUGACAAUAAGGUGGGGGUUAUGUUCAGGUGCUUUGCAUUCUCAUUUUAAUUUUGCACCCUAAUGAUUCACAGCUAGAGUCAGAGCUGCAAGGCAAAGCUGUCUGACUGGUUUCUUGUAAAUAGGAAAAAAGGAGGCAGAUACUAAAGUUAAACCAGUCUGUUUAUCAGAGUGAAACUAUAUCUCUUAGCUUUGCCAGUUUUUUUUCUUCCACCUUUUUCUCUGACAUGCUGUACAGUGCUAUGCAUUCCUUUUCUCUGGUUUGAAAAGUCUCUGUGUAAACAUGCGUCUCAUAGAAACACAUUAAUCGUUUGAUCUCUAUGCUGUGUUUUUAAAGGGUGUAAUUAGUGGUCAGUUUCUCAGAUCAUUCAGUCGGUAUGUACUGAAAAAAAAUACUUGAUCAUUACAGGGACUGGAACAUAUUUGCCUUUUUCAAACAUCGACACAUUCACUUACAUAGACUUACAUAAACAUUUUGUUUACAAAAGGCUUUUAUCUGUUUUUUUUUUAACUGACAUUUUCCAGUCUGUAAGAAAUGAGGUCUUCAAAGCAUGAUGUUUAUAAUUAUACAGUUAUUUUUUUUAGCAAAUCAAAUGUAAAGCUUGAAAUUAGAAGUUGGAGACACUGUCAAUAUGUAAAUCUUAUCCUUUAUGUUAUGAUUCUCCCUGUUUUCUCAGUUCAGCUCUGUGUGGUGUUCUUGAUCUUAAUUUUAAUGAUGUAUGUGUGCUUCUUGGGUUUUCCUCCCCAAUGAGCUUGAGAUGAGCAUUCCCUCAGGAGAAGCUGCUGCCAGGCGCUUCAUUUAUGUACGCCAUGCUGCGCGCCUCUUCGCCAUCCUCUUCCACUUGCUUUGCUCGUUCCAAAAACUGAUUGUCAGCCACCUGUGAGACAGGUAUAUAAUGAACAAAGCACAGAUGUGGCAAACAAAAAAUUAGUUCUUAGCAACCUCUGUUAUGCACACACGCAAACUGCUCCACCCCAUAUCCAUUUCCACCCAACUUGACUGGCUUGGCUUGUUAGUGCUUACACCCGCACCUGUUUGCCAAGUCAUCUGUCAGACAGCCACAGACUUUCUUUCCGUUUACACUGGACAUACUCAGUGACACACUUACCUAACUGAGUGGACAUUGCUCAGCUGGGUAUUAGAGAUAUCAGGCAUCCUGUACAGAAAGCAGAACCCCCCUGGAAAGACCAUGUCAAAAGAUUCUAUCCUGCUUCUCCAAACUGAAAAUGCACUGAUCAAGGGAGACAGAGCAGCUGUCUUUCGUACCACCAAAGUCCGGACCAAGCUGAAGGGAGAUGCCAGCUGGUUGCAGCGUCGAGAUGAACCUCAGGAUAAAACUCCGGAGGAGAAACCUUGGGUAGCAGAAGUUAGAGCCAGUCGCAUGAACGAAGCGCCUAAUGACACAAGCCCAGUUUCCUCACCAACAAAGUCCCCACCACCUGCAACAUCUGACACUGAGAGUAAAGCAGCAACACCAGGAUACCUGAUCAGGGGCAUUUUCACAAAACUAGACAACACUGCUUCUACCACAACAUCUAAUGGCAUUAACACAACAACACAAUUCACCAAAAAACCUUCAGAGAGCUACAAGAAAAUAGCCCCCCAUACUGUGAGGCCCACUUCAGAGAACCAGGAGGGACAGCUUAGCCCAGAGGAGCAGGAAAAACGGACAGAGGCCGCUAGUAAUGUUCUGACGAUAUCUUCAGUCAAGAAGCGGUCUUAUGUGCUUUCUGCUGCUAAGAAAUAUGAAGCUAAAGAAACAUCACCAGAUACAUCACUGACCAACAACAGUCCAUCAUUUGUGGCUACAAGGGUGGAGAUUUCUGAUGAUGAGAGCACUGAGACUCCAGCUCCUGCCAACAAUGAGUCUCCAUCCCCCGUUGAUUCUGCCACAUCUGCUGCCACUACGCCCCAGCCCAAACCACAGAAUAUAGGUGUGAAGACAUCUGUUGAUUUGGCUGUUAAUGAGCCAGAGGCUCCAAAGGUGGAGAAAGGCAUGCCAGAACCUGUGAAAGGUGACCUCCUUCUGCAGUCUGUGAAGGAAAAAGACCCACUUCAAUAUGUGAAACAAGGUUUCGACAAGGUGGAUAAGGUGGCUUCUACAGAGCCACAACCCAAGGAGUCAGGAAUCUCAGGGCAGCUUGACACCCCACUGGUUAAACUUUUACCACCAUCAAAAAUUUCACCUACUCCAGAGUCUCCUGUCCCACCUUCAAACAAACCAGAGUCAACUAAACCAGCAUCUUCUGUCCCACCUUCAGACAAACCAGACUCAACUAAGCCAGCAUCUUCUGUUCCACCUUCAGACAAACCAGAUUCGACUAAGCCAGCGUCUUCUGUUCCACCUUCAGACAAACCAGAUUCGACUAAGCCAGCGUCUUCUGUUCCACCUUCAGACAAACCAGACUCGACUAAGCCAGCAUCUUCUGUUCCACCUUCAGACAAACCAGACUCGACUAAGCCAGCGUCUUCUGUCCCACCUUCAGACAAACAAGACUCGACUAAGCCAGUGUCUUCUGUUCCACCUUCAGACAAAUCAGACUUGACUAAGCCAGUGUCUUCUGUUCCACCUUCAGACAAAUCAGACUUGACUAAGCCAGUGUCUUCUGUCCCACCUUCAGACAAAUCAGACUCGACUAAGCCAGUGUCUUCUGUUCCACCUUCAGACAAAUCAGACUUGACUAAGCCAGUGUCUUCUGUCCCACCUUCAGACAAACCAGACUCGACUAAGCCAGCGUCUUCUGUUCCACCUUCAGACAAAUCAGACUUGACUAAGCCAGCGUCUUCUGUUCAACCUUCAGACAAACCAGACUCGACUAAGCCAGCGUCUUCUGUUCCACCUUCAGACAAACCAGACUCGACUAAGCCAGCGUCUUCUGUUCCACCUUCAGACAAACCAGACUCGACUAAGCCAACAUCUUCUGUCCCACUUUCAAACAAACCAGACUCGACUAAGCCAGCGUCUUCUGUUCCACCUUCAAACAAUCCAGACUCGACUAAGCCAGCGUCUUCUGUUCCACCUUCAGACAAACCAGACUCGACUAAGCCAGUGUCUUCUGUUCCACCUUCAGACAAACCAGACUCAACUAAGCCAGCAUCUUCUGUUCCACCUUCAGACAAACCAGACUCGACUAAGCCAGUGUCUUCUGUUCCACCUUCAGACAAACCAGACUCAACUAAGCCAGCAUCUUCUGUUCCACCUUCAGACAAACCAGACUUGACUAAGCCAGCAUCUUCUGUUCCACCUUCAAACAAACCAGACUCGACUAAGCCAGCAUCUUCUGUUCAACCUUCAGACAAACCAGACUCAACUAAGCCAGCAUCUUCUGUUCCACCUUCAAACAAACCAGACUCGACUAAGCCAGCAUCUUCUGUUCAACCUUCAGACAAACAAGACUCAACUAAGUUAGCAUCUUCUGUUCCACCUUCAGACAAACCAGACUCGACUAAGCCAGUGUCUUCUGUCUCACCUUCAGACAAACCAAAUUCGACUAAGCCAGCAUCUUCUGUUCCACCUUCAGACAAUCCAGACUUGUCUAAGCCAGCAUCUUCUGUCCCACCUUCAGACAAACCAGACUUGACUAAGCCCGCAUCUUCUGUUUCACCUUCAGACAAACCAGACUCGACUAAGCCAGCAUCUUCUGUCCCACCUUCAGACAAACCAGACUCGACUAAGCAAGCAUCUUCUGUUCCACCUUCAAACAAACCAGACUCGACUAAGCCAGCAUCUUCUGUCCCACCUUCAACCAUCGCACGCUCAACUGACCCAGAGUCACCUGUUCCAGUGCCUCGUUCAACAGUGUCUCUCACUCCAGCAUCUCCUGCCCCUGUCUCACCUGCUCCAGUAUCACCUGUGCCACAGUCUGCUGUAAAAGACCUCACAGUGAAGACAAAAUCUCAACCAGAGCCAAAGCUAGAGCCACAAUCUAAGCAAGCUCCUGAACCAAGCUCCAGUGUUGACACGCUCUCUGCCUUGUCGGACACCUUAAUUUCUUUUGACACAAGUUUAUCCAGCUUUAAGGGUGGUGAGCUGGUGCUGGCAAAGAAAGAAGGAGGCUCAGCUGAAAGCUGCAACACAGAGGACAGUGUUGGGCAGGGUCCAGCUCCAUCACGCAGCAAUGGCGAACCAUUAACAGAUGAUCUCCUGGGCCUCAGUGAUGGUCCAGAAGAAUCAGCAGUGCCUGUUCCCUCCAGCCCAGGAUGCUGGAGUCAGGAUUUGCUUAGUGGACUAGACAGUGAGUGCAACCCAGUAAAGACAAGUGGCACCCUGGAUCUUCUGGCCAAUGUAAUCAAUACAGAGGCACGCAGUCUCAACAUGGAGCGAGAGGAGGAGAAGCAGACAGAUGAGACAGUCAAGGAAACACAAAGCUCUUCUGACCUGCUCCAGCCCUUCUCUGAUAUUUCCAUCAACAGUUCAUCACCAUCAUCCAAGGAGAACAAAAGUUUAAGCCCAGAAAUAAACAUGAGCAGUAACGCACUAGAAUCCCUUGCAGAUGACAUAAUCCCUAUCAACACCAACACCACAAGACCAAGUUCUCAGCAGCCCGGGACACGUACAGGGGAAGCGAGCAACCCUCAGCAGACUUAUUCAGAAGAGAGCCAAGAAGAUGAACCAGAAGCAGAAGGCCAAGCUGAAGAUCAACACACACUGAUCAUGUUUGAGCGAAAAUCUACUAAAAAUGACUCCCCAUGGAACAGAUGGACAUCACCCACUGUUUAUACAAUCACCACUAUGACAAAUGAGGAGGAGGAGGAGGAAGAAGAAGAAGGCCUUGAAGACGCACAGGCAACCACAAGCAUCACCACUAUCAGAGAGACACAAAGAGAGCCAGAGCCUGUUAUGGAUCGCUAUUCCAGGACUGUGGAAAAAGAGGAGCAGCUUUUCCAAACUCCAGAAACCAAAAAGGGGUUUGUUUAUGUGAAGGAGUAUGUUAAUGCAACUGAGCUGUCCUUGCAUAAUCUCACCGACACCACCGACAGUGGGUCAGAUCAUUUGGCUUCAAGCUCUGCCAGUUACUCUUACAGCAGCCCCUCUAGUUUCUCAAGCAUUAUGCUGUCAUCCACCUGCACGUACUGCGGUGAGCAGGUGGGAAACGAUGCUAAGAUCACCAUUGAUCACCUGAACAUCAACUGCCACCCUGACUGCUUCAAGUGUGAAGUGUGCAGAAAGCCUAUGGGAGACCUUAUCUACAACAUGUUCCUACACGGUGGGAAGGUCCACUGCGAGAACUGCUACGCUGCCAUCAUUUGAUCAUCAAAACUCAUCAUCAGCCUCUUCUUCAAAACUUUUCCUUCAUGUUCAUUUAAUUAUAAAGUGAAAAUGUGCUUACAAAGUUUGCAUUUGUUUUAACUUCAUAAUAGUAUACUUUAUGAUGAUGAGAUUACUUCCUGUGGAUUCUUAUAUUAGUUUACAUGUUUUUUUUUAUGUCUCAAACAAAUACAAUCCUGUUUUUUUUUUUUUGUGGUAAUUUUUUUUUUUUUUGCCUUGGUUAUGAAGGAUUUGUCUGUCGAAGAAGUGUUGCAUACACAUCUAUGUACAGACUCAUUGGAUAGUGGGUUCAAUAUUAUGUUUACUUCUUUUACUUUUCUUCAUACAAAAUAAUGUGUUGACAUGUUUGAUUGCUUUGUUAACUAAAUAAAAUGGUUUAUAAAA